UAUGAAUAAGAUAUGUAUAAAUAAUAAUAUUUCGUGUCAGUUAUUAAUAUUUGUAAACAAUACAUGUACUUGUAUUUUAGUUGGAGACAAACGAGGAUUCCUUUAUUUGUUCAUUUUCCAGUUCAUAGUCAUAAUUCAUCACAACGGUAUCUUCGUCAGUUAGAAAUAAUUUUUAAAAAAUUUUUCAUCAUAAUAUCGAUCGAUAAUUUUUUAAAUUAUCACUGAUUAAAUUUACUGAUUAGAAAAUUUAUCUACUUUCAAUUUAUCUAAAAAGAUAAAUCUUUAUCGCAACAUGAACACCAAUGCUGAUGUAAAUGAUAUUCACUUAGCAUUUAGUAUGAUAAACGAAUUUGAAACUGUAUGGUUAACGAUAAGUAAAGAGGAGCCUAAUCAAGUCAAUUAUCGUAUAAUAAAAUCAUACUUGGAGUAUAUAAAGAAGCAAUUAGAUUUUAUCAUGAAACCUCAUGCUUUUGAUCCUGUCGAGUAUCCAGAUCUAAUAGAAAAAAGAAAUCAUUUUAUGAGAAAAUGUAUUCCACUUAUGGCUAAAGCGGAAGUAUAUUUGAUCAAAACUUCUGUUUCAAACAGGUUACACAUUAUGAUGCCGUAAAGUAUUCUACGAAGUAAAACAACAUGGAAAUAAUAAAUAAAUAAAUAAAUUCUGUGUUAAAUAUAUAAAUUUUUAUUAUGUAAGUCAUUACGAGAAUCAUGUGCAUGAAAAAUAUUCAUAUAAUUUCGUAACAAAUUCUAUGUAAGUAUAUAUUAAUCACCGUGUUAUAUUGCCAUUUCUUGUAUUAUAUAUAAACCAUAUUAUAUUAUAUAUAAUCCAUCUUAAAAAAAUUAAUGUUACGAAUACGAAAUUGUACAAAAUGAAAUAGCAAACUUUACUUCGGGAUAUUAAAA